UGGUGGUUUGACCGCAUUGAAAACGUGCGGCCAGCGAACAUGCUCAGCUCCUUGCGGCGACGUCCGGUGGCGCUAUUGCCGCGCAGGGCACUCGGUGCAGCCCGCAGUAAACACAGCAAGGAGGAUAUCGAGUUGCGCGAAUCAGUCAGGAAGUUGGACUAUGACGGAUACCUAUGCGGUCUGCUGCUGCCAGUGAAGACGCGUCCAUCCUUCUUCGCCAUUCGCGCGCUGAAUGCCGAAAUCGCGACCAUCAAGGACUCGGUGCACAGCAACCAGAUCACUGGCAAAAUCCGUAUGCAGUGGUGGCGCGAGCGCAUCUACAAUUUGUACGAAAUAUCAUCCGCGACAGGCACGGAACGACCGCAGCAGUCGACGAUGCUGCUGCGAGGUCUGGACAAGGCCAUCCAGGAGCACGACUUGACGCGGCGGUGGUUCGAGCGAAUGCUGGACGCGCGAGACCAGGAUCUCGACCGCGAAGAGGUGCAGAGUUUGCACGAACUGGAGGUCUACGCCGAGCAGACGGCCUCGUCAAUGAUGUACCUCACGCUGGAGUGUCUCGGUAUUCGCGAUGACACAGCAGACCGCGUAGCUGGUCACGCUGGCGUGGCAAUCGGCUUAGCGACGCUUCUUCGAGGAACACCGUAUCACAGUUCCCGACAACAGUCUUAUCUGCCGGAGGACCUCAUGAACAAGCAUGGCGUCACCGCUGAGGACCUUCAAGCUGCGGUGGAAGAUCCCAAGCUCGGUGAGAAGGUGGCGCCUGUAGUGUUUGACGUAGCCUGCCGUGCAAUGGACCACCUUCAUCAAGCUCGUUCGCUUCGGAAAGAGUUGCCUAGUGAGUCACGCAGUGCGUUCCUACCACUGGUUAGCUCUUCACUGUAUUUGAAAGAACUUGAGACGGUCAACUUCAACGCCUUCGCCCCGGAACUGCAGCAGCGGAAUAUGUUUCAGCUGCAUUUACAGGUACUGAAGCACUACUUCUUGCGCAAAUACUAGAGCCCUGUAGACCUGCGCAAUACAAACACAAUACACUAUACAACAACUCGUACUCC